AUGAAAGACCCGACCAUUCAUUGGAAACUAUUCAACUUAGUCCUCUCCACAGUUCUCCUCCUCAUCAAUCUCGCCAUUUAUAUCGCUUUCGUGGUUAUCCGCGCGAUCCAAGGCCCCUGGCUUUAUAUCGUGCUGACCUUCAUACUUUUGACUAUUGGUGUCAUAUGGUGCCACGCUCUAUGCCGUUUCGUUGUAGCAGUCUAUCAAUUUCCGAAUUAUACUGCCAAUUUCACCCUACCGAUCGAGAUGACGGAGACUGCUGGCUACGCCCAACCGAAUCAGCCUAUCCACAUCACUAUGACCGGUGACGAGGAACGCUCCAUUGAGAGUCAUGCUCAUAAUGUUCCGUGCAAAGUUACAGUCCCGCCGCCGGCGUACGGCGUAUGGAGAAAUAGUGUGAGACUUGAUCCCAACCUGCUUCACUGGCAGCGCGUCGACAUCCAGCCGGCUAUGUCGCAGAAUGAUGAAAGACGAGAGGAGACUUCAAACCGCAAAAUGCAUGGACGUCGUCCGCCGAGCUACAUAUCAGAUGAUGGUGUUGAGACCGAGACGGAGCAGAUGUUCUACCACGGUUUCGAAAACUACCUCGAACAUGCAUUCCCCGAAGAUGAACUGCGGCCUCUCUCAUGCCAACCGCUAGUCCGCGACCAAAGUAACCCUGGGCACGCCGAGCUUAAUGACGUCCUGGGGAACUACUCCCUGACCCUGAUCGAUAGCUUGUCGACCCUGGCAAUCUUGUCCUCAAGCCCUGAUGAAGGACCGAAAGCAUGGCGAUAUUUUCAGGAUGGUAUUAAAGACUUUGUCAGGCUCUAUGGGGAUGGUUCGACCGGCUCCGCCGGACAGGGGGAACGUAGCCGGGGUUUUGAUAUAGAUAGCAAGGUCCAAGUUUUCGAGACGGUUAUUCGAGGAUUGGGUGGGUUGCUAAGUUCGCAUCUCUUCGCUGUCGGCGACCUUCCCAUUACUCGCUACAGUCCCUCUUCGGCGGAAGCGACGUAUGCGAAAGCCUGGGACAAGACAUCAUUUGCCAUCGAUAGGCAGGGAAUUAGCUGGGAGAAUGGAUUUGUUUAUGAUGGUCAGCUUCUUCGGCUGGCUGUUGAUCUAGCGAAUCGCAUUCUGCCGGCUUUCUAUACCGACACUGGCCUUCCCUACCCCCGGGUGAAUUUACGUCACGGAGUGCACCAACAGCCAUUCUAUGCCAAUUCGCCCCUGAAUGCGGGCACCGCACACGCAUGCGAUGGUAGAAAUGAUCAUGUGUGCGUGGCAUCCUCAACUGAAGUCACCGAGACAUGCAGCGCAGGCGCGGGCAGCCUUGUCUUGGAAUUCACUGUCUUGAGCAGACUCACUGGCGAUGGUCGGUACGAGGAACUCGCAAAAAGAGCCUUCUGGGCUGUUUGGCAUCGGAGAAGUGAUAUUGGAUUGAUCGGCGCGGGCAUUGACGCUGAGUCUGGCAAAUGGGUCGCCCCCUUCACUGGCAUUGGCGCGGGGAUCGAUAGCUUUUUCGAGUAUGCGUUCAAGUCAUAUGUUUUGCUUUCCUCUGGACAGCGUCCGGAACACAACCGCAGCAGUCCGUGGCAGGUUCUGGACGACUACUUCGUCCCGCUUAGCGAGUACGAGCAUUCUCCAGAAGCUUUUUUACAAGUAUGGGAGGAGUCACAUUCGUCGAUCAAGCGCCAUCUCUAUCGAGGCGAGGGUUAUCAGCACCCGCAUUUAAUUCAAGGGGAUAUAUUUACCGGCGCUACCCGGGCCUUCUGGAUUGACAGCCUGAGCGCCUUCUAUCCAGGCCUUCUCUCACUGGCAGGCGACCUCGAUGAGGCUAUAGGAAUCCAUCUACUUACUACGGCUGUGUGGAACCGCUUCUCUGGGCUUCCUGAAAGAUGGAAUGUGGCCACAGGAAACGUUGAGGGUAAUCUUGGCUGGUACGGCGGGAGGCCGGAGUUCAUUGAAUCAACGUACUACCUCUACCAAGCUACAAAGGACCCUUGGUAUCUACAUGUUGGUGAAAUGGUACAACGGGAUCUCAAACGACGUUGCUGGACCAAGUGCGGCUGGGCCGGGCUCCAGGAUGUUCGUAACGGAGAAUUAAGUGACCGCAUGGAGAGCUUCUUCCUUGGGGAGACUGCCAAAUACAUGUUCUUGCUAUAUCAUCCUGAACACCCCUUGAAUAAUCUGGAUCAGCCGGUCGUCUUUACGACAGAGGCACAUCCACUAGUUGUUCCAAAGAGUGCAUAUGAGCGUGGCUGGCACCAAAAGCGGAAUCCAUACAGAGAUGAGCAUGCAGCUGCACCCGUUUGCCCAACCCCACCUUUACCUCCAACCUUUGGGUUAUCGUCAACAGCUGCUCGCCCAGAUGUUUUUCACGCCGCGAACCUAGCUCGGCUUGACUUGAUGCCAAUUCGGGGUUCCCCAGAAGGGCCUUUGGAAGACCCUGCGGAGAACCAUCCUGGGGUCACAAUCGCGGAUCUGACUUCCCCGACCAACUAUACAUAUUUCCCCUGGACCUUGCCACCAGAAUUGGUUCCUUUCAAUGCGACGAGCUCACUCAUGGAGAUUCGUCCUACUCUGGACAUUUCGUUUCCAGCUGUACCUGGAAUGGCUAGCGGGCCGGGUGCGCUGGAGCGGGUUCAGGACGGCAUCCUUGUCAAAGCUAUUGGCGGCCUGCGAAUGAGCAUGAUCAAGGACGCGCCCUCAUUUGGCGGAGAAGGGAGCGAGUUUAGAGUGCAGGUGGUCAGUGGCGUGCCUCUAGGGAAGGAUGAAAAGGUAUACCUCUUGCGAGAGAUCACAUUUGAUGUCCUCGAUCCCGGGGAUCCGAACUUCACACGGAUUCGUGAUCCCGCCAUGGUUGACCUGGUCAUUGACUUUGUUCCAGGAAGCCUCGGCCGACGAAAUGAUUCUCAAGAUGGUCGAGAACCUGGUGCAGCUUUGAAAGGAAAAGAGCAGCGAAUAGUCAAUGCCAACGCAUACAGGGUGGCGCAAGCCGCAGCUCCGGUAGACCCAUCUACCUCAAGCGUGAAGGACGUCUUAACAUCACUUGUCAGUUCCGUCUCGUCAUUGCUUCGAGAUGAGUCACACCAACUUUAUACACCGUUUCCAUCCGUUCAAAGCACCCGCCCUACCCGACUCCCUAUCCCAGCUGCUGUAUCUACUGGGCUUGGAUCUGGUCCGCUCCCCGAUUUGGACGAUUCGUCUUUCAUAUCAGUAACCGGUGGGGCAUCGCUAGCUCGGCUGCCAUGGUCUGACAUUUAUAUGGCCGGCGACCUUUGCGACGAACGCAUUCUCCGCGACGUCGCCCAGUCCCACCAAGUACUCGUCAUUAAGCGCGGAGGGUGUACGUUCUCGCAAAAGCUCCGCAACAUUGCAGCGCACCCUCCGUCACGGAAUGCGCUAAAGCUCAUCGUCGUCGUCUCCUACGAGGAAGAGGAACACACCGAUGGUGAACACUUGGGGCCCGGCGUAGCGGCAAGGCUAGCGGAGCCGUACCUUGCGCGCCCACAGCUAGACGAAACUCAGGUGACGGCCGGUGGCAUUCCACGGCGGCAUCUGCUCAGCAUGGUUCUUGUUGGUGGCGGGAAAGAAACGUACGAGCUUCUGCGUCAUGCGCGAGGUGUGGGCAUCAAACGGCGGUAUUCGAUGCGAUCGCAGGGCGUCCCAAUCAAGUUGACAAGCAGUUCCGGCCGGGAAAAUAUCUGGGGUCCCGCGGCAAAUUGGAACCAGUACACGUCUGAACACGUCUUUGGACUCCACUUCCGCUCUCCACCACUUUCUUAA